UAUCUGGCAGUCGAGUCGACGACUUGACAGACUGGAGUCGUCACUCCGAGUCUCAAGUCCUCCCGCCAGUCGGUGGCGCUCGGUUACCUGGACGGUGCUUCGAGUGAAUUUGUACAAGGUUUUCUAACGAGUUCGGAAGUCGGUGAAACAGAUAUUCUUUUAGAUGUUUUCAUAAAAUUUAAUUUCACGCACGGGAUACAAUGCUACUUGUGUGCUACGACUGGAAACUGAUGACAGUAAGUGCCAAAAUGGAAGUACUGUCUCUGUAGAAAUUGCUGAACACUGGUAGUACCUAUCUGUGAAUUUUUGGAUUUGAAAUAAAAUCGACUGAAAGGAGAACUUUACGGGAAUUCACAUUAUGAAUGUACAAGGUUGAAUGCUGACUCAUAGAGGCUCUGCAAUAUCUGGUUCAUCUUACAAGGAAAAUGGAUAUGCAUUACAUUUGGAUAAAGAAAGACUUACUAGAUACCAGACUCACUUUGUGUAAUAUAGUUUAUUGUUUGAAUAAUUUUGGAUUAAUAUAUGACAGAUAAAGACUGGUUUGUGUUAAACCAUUAUGGAAGAGUUGAAUGCUUUAGGUCUUUGGUUCUGCUUCCUCUUUUUGAAGUUUAAGCGCUAUUCAUGUCCCAUCACAGUUUUUUUAAAUGGAAAAUCAUCUUUUGUGGACAUAUGAUGUUGGUUGACUUGGAAACACUCAGCAUUUGCCAAGAGCAAAGUAAAUUCAACAUUCUUUAGGAAUAUAUUUCUUACACUAUAUUAGUGGACUCGUGUUCUGUCUGGUUGCAUCAAGCAUCUGUGAUCUGUGUGAUAAUGGCAAGCUGGUACCCAGACAUUGAAAUGAAUGACAUGGAUAUGGGACAAGCCAGCUCGCCUCGAGCAAGGAGUUCUUCAAAGAUGUCCAGUAGUAGCGGUCCACGUAGUUGUAUUUCCCCAUCCCCUAGCUCUGGUGCUUCUUUUAAGGAAACUGGUGAAAUAAAAUUCUGUAUAUCAGAGUAUAAGAAUGAUGCUUUUCAGAUGAUGCUCUUGAUGAAGAGAAAUCAGAUGCUGACAGAUGUGAAGCUUGAAGUAGGUCGUGAAAUUUUUCAUGGGCACAAAAUUGUUCUUGCUGCUGCUAGUCCUUAUUUUAAGGCCAUGUUUACUGGAGGCCUUCGGGAGUGUGAGAUGGACACAGUGAAGCUGCAAGGAUUCUGUCCUACUGUUCUAGCUCAUCUUUUAUGUUUUAUGUAUACUGGUGAGAUUGUCAUCAAUGAGAUGCUAGUCUGCCAGCUUCUGCCAGCUGCAACUAUGUUGCAGAUGACUCAUGUAAUAGAGGCCUGCUGUAGCUUUUUAGAACAACAACUAGAGGCGGGUAAUGCCAUUGGAAUAGCCAACUUUGCUCAACAGCAUGGUUGCAUGGAGCUCUUUUGCAAGGCCAAUACUUUUAUAGAGCAACAUUUUACGGAGGUGUCAAAGGAAGAAGAAUUUCUACAACUGUCUCCAUGCCAAUUGCUGAAUUUGAUAAAGAGAGACGAGUUGAAUGUUCCUGAUGAAAAAGAUGUUUACAAUGCAGUUCUUCGAUGGGUUAUGCACGAUGAGGAUACCAGGCAACCUAGGAUGGAAAAUAUUUUGCAGGCUGUGAGGUGUCAAUACCUCUCUCCACGCUUCCUGACAGAGCAAAUGAGUAACUGCAAAUUGUUAAAGAAGGCACCUGCUUGUAGAGAAUAUCUAGCAAAAAUAUUUGAGGAUUUAACGUUACAUAGACCUCCGUGCCAAAAAGAAAGAAAGCCUAAUGCACCUUGCGUGAUCUACAUUGUUGGAGGGUAUUCUAAUCGACAGAGUUUAGACACUCUGGAGUGCUAUGAUGUUGAGGAUUACUCAUGGACACAACUGUCUCGUUUACCUGUUGCUAGAUCUGGACUUGGGGCUGCUUAUCUUCGAGGGAUAUUUUAUGCAAUUGGUGGCCGUAAUAUUUUAUCUAAUGGAAACUAUCAUGAUAGUAAUUGGGUGGACACAUUCAAUCCGAUGACUAAUACAUGGGAACAAAGGGCUCUGAUGAAUGAAGCACGUAAUCGUUUAGGAGUAGCAGUGCUAGACGGUCAGGUGUAUGCAGUGGGAGGAUCGAAUGGCCAAGGCCAUAAUAGUGUUGAAAAGUAUGAUCCUGAUGAUGACAAGUGGACUUUAGUGCAGCCAAUGGCUAAAGCAAGAAUGGGAGUUGGUGUCGUGGUUGUUAAUAGACUCAUGUAUGCUGUUGGAGGUUAUAACGGAGAAAAUCGUUUGAAUUCGGUGGAAUGUUACCAUCCAGAAAACAAUAAGUGGACGUACGUGUCUCCCAUGAGAAUUCCUCGGAGUGGUGCUGGAGUUUGUUGUGUAGGAAACUGUAUAUUUGUGAUUGGAGGUUACGAUGGGCAGCACCAGUUGUGUUCAGUUGAAAAAUAUAAUAUUGAAACUGAUGUAUGGACCUCAGUACCACCGAUUCGGACGCCACGCUCAGCCAUGACAGUGUCGGUCUGGGAUGGGAAAAUAUUUGUUAUGGGGGGUUAUGAUGGCAACCAGUUUUUGUCAUCAGUAGAGGUAUAUGACUGUUCUCGUAACGAAUGGUCAGAGAGUAAACCAUUACCUUGGGGUAGAUCAGGUCAUGCUUCUGCUUCUUCCUUCCAUCCUUGUUUACUUCAUGGUGAUGGGAGAUAGCAGUGGCUGUAUCCUAGUUAAUAUUUUUCUUAUCUAGGUGAAGUAAUGUAUAAUGAAAAUUCUUUCUUAUAGUAAAUGCCAUAGGAAAUUUUAACUUGGCAGAGUAUUCAUGGUUGUUUACUUUGUGGCAGUUGGUCUAGGCUAGCCGUACAGAAAAAACAUAAUCUGCUUCUUGCCUUUGCACAAUGUCAUCUGCAAAAAUAAAAGUGGUGAACUGCUGAAGAUUGUAUGUAGUAUUUUGUACAGGUAAAAUGGUUGUUUGUGUGUGGUUGCUUGUGCCAUUAUGUAUGUAUUUAACUUUUAAGAUUUAACUGUACUAUUUAUUUAUUUCAUUUAUUGAAAUUUUGAUAUGUUUGUAUAUUGUGAUAUGCAGUUAUUUGAGUAAAUAUAGUAGUUGAAAGGUUCAUUGAUAAUUUUUGAAUUAAGGUGAAAAGAGAGAGAAAAAAAAGUGAAGCAAAUUAUAAUAUGAAUACUUUAUAUGCUAAUUGGUAGUUAGCUUAAGUUAAACAGUUUAGAAGCUGAUUUUUUAUCUUAAAGCAAACUUAGGAAUGAGAGCAUUUUAUUUUGGUUAAAAGGUUAGCUAGUUGAAAAAUGAAAAGCAUUGGUUAGAAUAAGUUUUUCAUAAUUUUGGCAUUCAGUCAUUUGUUUUUAUGUGUUAGACUGAAAUUUAUUGUUAGGAGUAUAGCUUCAUUAUAUGAAGUUGUACCUUUAGACCAACAAUAAUAAAUAGCCUGCGUCACAUUCAGCAGUUGUCAGUUAACAAAAUGAUUGUUGUAUUUAUAUUGUUUUACACAAAUACAGUGGACGGGUACUGCAUGUGCUACCAUUGAAAAUUCUUUUAAUUCUUUUCUAUUAAUAUUAAUAAUGGGCUUUAACUGGAACUUGGAUGUGAAAGAUCCAGGAAUAGAUUGAUUUGGGAUUUGCAUUGAUAAGGAUUUAACUAAAGGGUUGAUUACCCUUUGCUAGAAACCUUCCAGUACUAUCUUGAACUAAUUUUGAAAGUAUGCUGACUCCCCUUCCUAGGACAUGUAUUGAAAUGCAAUAAUUGUAGGGCCUCCAAGGCUGGCCAGCUGGAUGACUUUGGCUUUUCUGGCACCAGUAUCCUCUACCAUGGCUCCUGUCAUUUUGAUCGAUAGUGUUUCAACAUCAGCUUGUUCCUUAUUAUGGAAUUAGGUGUGAAAUAAGUUUGCUGCACCCUUCUGUCCUGCACUGGUUCCCCCUGAAAUUUAUUAGUCUUUUAAGUUUUCACAAAUAAACUUUUUCCUUGAUUUCCAGGGUCUUCCAUAUCUGCUGCUGCUCUUGUAAACUGUUUCUCAUCCCAUCUCAUCACAUCUAAACCAUAUGUCUUUGAGACCUAUCUUUUAUGCAACUUCAACUCUCAUCUCUGCUAGUUCCUCAAUUGCAGUGUGAUCUUCCCACCAUACUUUGAUAAGAUUCUAAAAAUUUUAUGGCUGCAUCUUUUUCAAAUCUCCAUUUUCCUUUUCAUUGACUGUGAUUUUGGCUGCUUAGAUUAGUACAAGUCUUAUGUACAGUAAUACCCUGAAGUUACGCGAGGUUAGGUUCCAGACCUUCUUGUGCAAGGGGAAGUUUUACAUAAGUUUCUCACGGUCUCUAAAAAUGCUAAUAAAUGCUUGUUUCUAGAGUUUGAACACUAAAUAUGACCCUAAUCACGCUCCCUAAGUAUUAAGCUAGCUUCUAAAUUAAAUUAAAGUUACUGUAGUUUCACUUGAAAGUUUGCUUAAUACAUUAUUGUUAAAAAAAGAAAUGAAGGGUUGGUAAAAGUAUAGGAGUGGGUAAAGAUUACAUAUGUACAACAUAUUUCUCUCUUCCUUCCCCCUUCAGACUGACUAAUCUAGUUUUGGAAGUCUUUUCAACCACUUUUAAGAAUUUCUUUAUUCUGACUCUUUCUCUUUGUUCUGAAAUUCCUUUUCAUGAAUAAACAGUGCUUUUUAUUUGGACUAAUACAACUCUUAGUUAAAUGUAUGUUUUAGAACAGUGCAUUUACGGUUCUAGAAUGUAAAGGUAAAAGUAGAUGAAUUAAAAAUUAUAUACUGCUAACUACAAAUGAGAGAGAGAGAGAGAGAGAGAGAGAGAGAGAGAGCGAGAGAGA